AUUCAGUAACUAUUGUGCAUUUGGGAGGAAAUCAUGUUAUUGUCCUUGGGUGUUUUUUCUGUGCUGGUAGCACUGGCUACAGGGCAAGAAUUGUUGCCUGUAGUGUCCAUAUCACAAGGUGUUGUGAUAGGAUCUCUUGCCUCGACGGGAACCCACUAUGAGUAUCUUGGCAUACCGUACGCUGAUUCCACUUCAGGCAUCAACAGGUUUAAGGCACCACGACCCGCCCCGAUGUUUCAAAAUGCCUUCCUGGCGAAUAGGAGAAACAUAAAAUGUGUUCGAUCUCUAGGGGUUGGCUAUGAAGGUACCGAAGAUUGCUUGGUAGCAAAUAUCUACACACCAACUGUGGACCCUACUCAAAACCUACCCAUCAUGGUUUGGAUUAAAGGAAGGGAAUUCGACCAACCAACUGAGCCACCGAUAUCUUUCCGUAAUUUUGUAGAAAAAGGUGUAAUUGUAGUUACUCUUAACUACCGUGAAUCAAUUCUAGGAUUCUUGUGUCUUGGAACUGAAACUGCUCCUGGGAAUGCUGGAUUGAAAGACAUAAUUGCAGGCUUAAAAUGGGUUAAGACCAAUAUAGCUCGAUUUGGAGGUAAUCCCAAUGAUAUCACCUUAUUUGGCCAUGGAAGUGGUGCAGCUGCCGUUGACCUGGUUACCAUGUCCCCCAGUGCAACUGAUUUGGUUCAAAAAGCUAUCGUUCAAAGUGGAAAUGCAAUAGCUCCAUGGGCUGUAUCUCGAGAUAACUUGAAAUAUGCCCUUGAAGUAGCUGAAGCUCUUGGACAUGAAGUGACAACUAUUCAACAGUUAUCAGAAAUAUUUACAAGAACUAGUCUCGCAGCUUUGAUGGGUGUUAUUAACGAUCUUGAUUUAACAGACAAUUCAUUGGCUUUCUCUCCUUGUGUGGAAAGAGAGGAAUUGAGUGGAGUACAACCAUUUUUGACUAAAACUCCUGCCGAAAUUAUCCGUACUAAUGAAUUCCUCCAGAUUCCCAUGAUAAUUGGCUAUGUCGAUAACGAGGGUACUAUCAGGUCCGAAGAGGCUUUAGAAGGUGAUUGGCUACAGAGAAUGCAAAAUUCAUUCACGGAUUUCUUACAACCCGAUUUAAAAUUUGAAACGAGUGCUCAAGAGUUGGAAGUAGCUCGGAGUAUAAGAACAUUCUAUUUCGAUGACGAUCCAAUUGAUAUGACCAGCGUUGACGAAUACGUAGAGUACAUUGGUGACACAAUGGUGCUAGUUUCAGCUAUUAGGGAAGCCAGGAGCAGAGCAUCUGUUUCAGGAGCACCAACGUACUUGUAUCAAUUUUCAUAUAGAGGCACUCUCGGACGACCAUUUGUAGCACCCAUUGAUGUCGAAUCUGCUGCUCACAGUGAAGAAUUGGCUUAUAUGUUUUACGAUAACCCUCCUGAAUCGACUCCUACCAGAGACCUCAGCAUUGGAGAUAUUCUUGUCGAGAGGUGGACAAAUUUUGCUAAAACUGGUGCACCAACAACUAAAUUAUCGCAAGUUAAUUGGCUACCUUAUACAAGUACACAGGCAAAUUUCAUUCGAGUACUUUCUAAUGAGGAAAUAAAUCAACUCGAAUCAGCAACAGUCGAAAUAUUGGUACAAAAGCCUCAUCCAAAUACUAUAUCGUUCUGGGAUCAGAUUUAUGAAACUCAUUUCUUGGAUGCCCAAAGCAACUGGGAUAUUGUUAUUAGAGAUGAAGAUGAUGAUGACUCUGGAAAUGGGGAUGAUGGGAACAAUGAUAGUGGGAGUGGGGACGGCGGAAGUGGUGAUAGUGGAAGUGGCGAUGGCGGAAGUGGGGAUGGCGGAAGUGGGGAUGGCGGUAGUGGUGAAGGCAGUGGUGAGGGAUCAGGCGAUGGAGAUAGCAGUUCUGCUUCUACCAACAUUGGUUACACCUUUUUAAUAGUCUGUCUAUUCACGGUACUAAGCCAAAUUCAUUCUUCUCAGAUGCUAUCGUAAAAACUGAUCUGUAGACUUAGAGCUACAGAUGCUGUUUUUUUUAUUUUAUUUAUUUUUUCAGCCUUCUUUGGAUUUUGUAUAGAAAUCCAAAUCAAGGAUACUAAAUUUAAGUUUUCUUAUUGAAUUUUAUCAUUAUUUUAUUAUUAUUUCUAGCUAUAAGUGUUUAUUUAUAAGGUCAUAAAAAUAUGAUGCUAACUCCAUAGUGCAGCAUUACCAAAGUAUCAUAUUUGCAAGCUUAUACAAUAAAAACUCAUCCUUUUUAUUGGACCAUAAGUGUAACUUUACAGCAUCCUUAGACAAUUUUGAUUUGUAAAUAUUAAUAUAAAGAAAUAAACCGUAAAGACCAA